GCGUCGUUUUGCGUUCAUAGAUAUUCACAUAUGUGAAAAUGGAUACGUGAGUUGUUCCGAAAAUCAGUUGGUCCGAUUGAUGGUGUGGUGGUUGAUCGCAGGCCAGCGAGCUGCGCAAUCAGUGCAAUCCAAGGUUUUGGGACUGAUCUGCCAAAUGAAACGUUGAUAAACAUGUAGCUUGCCGCGAGUCGAUCGGGCUCUCUUGUGGCUUCUUAGCGUAGUGAUUUGUUCGGUUUAGUAACGUUGUAAUAAACCAAGCUCGUUCUCGCGUUCCAUGAAUUCUUCACUCGCUCAUACGUGAGUAAAACGUAAUAGGUUAACAGAAAAUGACAGUAUUAGAAACAGAGGAAGACGCAGAUGAACGCUCGCUUCCUCCCAGGAAGAAGUUCUGCUUGUCCCUGUCAGGUCGUGGACGUAAAAUUCCUAUCGCAGUAUCACAGCCCCCUCAUAUGCCUACGAGAGGGGGCCUUCUGGAUAAACCAGAUAUUUCACUCAGUAAUACAAGCAAAAUGUUAAAUGGCUAUCGAAAUCAGCUGAGCAAUAAUCAGAAUGGAAGUUACGAUGUGUCUGGCUCCAGUUCGGAGGGUUUGAAGAUAGCUACUUUAUGUAAUCUAGGGAAUACCUGCUUUCUUAACUGUGUAUUAUAUACUUUGAGAUUUGCACCUUCUUUUCUGCAUAAUUUGCAUCAUCUGGCUACGGAUCUGUCUAACUUAAAUGAGAAACAAAUUCAAACAAAAGCCAAAUCCUCCUCAUUGGGUAGAACUGGUAUAUCCUUAACGUCAAGCAGCAAUCGUAGUUGGAGCAGUAAAGAUUUACUAGCUUUAGCUGGACCAACAGUAGAAGCUAACAAACCUCGUAUUCAAAUAGCUACCGAGAAGUUACAUGAACUCUUCAUGGCAUUGCGUGUGUCGGAGGCAAGAGAAAACAGUGAACCGUAUCAACCGGAUGCCUUUUUACAAGCUCUUAGGGAGGUAAAUCCAAUAUUUGAAGGAAACCAACAGCAAGAUGCUCACGAGCUACUAGUUUGCUUACUCGAUAACAUCAGAGAGACUUUUCAAUUGUUGGUUAGACACAGAGAGAGCCAAUUUGGUCAAAGCAAUAAUAGUUUUUCCAAUUUUACUGCGGAACACUCUGCAAUGAAUGCGCAGUCGGAAAGCAACAAUAGCUCGGGAAAGAAGAGUUCUAUUCGUAAAUCCAGAAAGAAGGAAAAAAUUCCGAACAGAGGAAGCUCGAUAUGUCCCGUGCAGCCGAACGUGAACGGUGUUUCCACGUCUGCGAGACUGUAUGAGAAUGGUCACAUGGAAUUUGCUGAGAGCAACGGCGAAGUGGGGGCACGCAAAUCGGAGAGCAAAAAGUGCUUUAUCUCGGAAGAUUUUGAGGGAGUCAGUCUUCUGCGCACAACGUGUCUCGAGUGCGAGCAUGUCACAGAACGUAAGGAAACAUUCUGUGACAUUUGCGUACCUAUCGACAUCAAUUAUUCUAAUAAGAAAGAUGAUGAUGGUCGAUCGUUGGACAGCAGCGAAGUGUACAAACGUGCCGUAGUGACUAGUGAAUUGUUGAUGGGUAGGGACAAGUACUGGUGCGCACGUUGCCUACAAUAUAACGAAGCUCGCAGAGCCGUGUGCUUUCCUUCCUUACCAAGACUUCUUAUUUUGCAAUUGAAAAGAUUUUCCACCGCAUCCGGAUCAAUGGAAAAGAUUAAUAAUUACAUGCCAACGCCCUUUACUCUACAAUGUUUUUGCGAGGAUUGUAACAACGAUCAAAAUCGCGAGGAUUGUAACAACGAUCAAAAUCGCGGAACAACGACCGGUAGUGAGACGCGACACGUGUACAAAUUAUAUUCUGUUAUAAUGCAUCAGGGCGCAACGAUGACCGCUGGGCACUACGUUGCUUACGCUCGUUUGCCGGACGAAUCUACAUAUGCGGAGUAUUUUCAGUGCGAUCGCGACAACAAACGACAGAACAUAGGUCAAGGUAGCACCACAAGUGUCAACUCGUCGUCAUCGUCGUCAUCCUCUUCGAACAAAGCGUCAGGCAUACUCAAAUACUUUAGAAGCAAGUCCAGCGUAAGUGAGAACAAAGAGCAGCCGAUGAACAAGGUUGGCUGUCGCAGUAUGGAUUGUUGCGGCGUCAGGCGCAAUAAGCAGAACGUCACUUGGUUGGAGUGCGACGAUGAGGCGAUACAGGUGAUCCCGGUGCGGGAAUUUGAGGACAAGUUGGCCAAUCCACGAAACUCCGCGACACCUUAUCUUCUGUUUUACGUGAGAUCAACGACAUAGGCUGACACACAUGUUGCUGAUUAUUUAUCAUCUCUCUCCGCGCUCCCCCCCCCCCCCCA